AUGGCCGGCAUCUCCAACGCUAUCUACCAGUCUCUCUUCCGCAAGAACGCUGUCUACCUGACCGCUAUCUUCGCCGGUGCCUUCGCUUUCGAGCUUUCCUUCGAUACCGCCUCCAACAAGAUCUGGGAUUCCUGGAACGCCGGCCGCCAAUGGAAGGACAUCAAGCCCCGCUACCUUACCGCUGCUGAGGAGGAGGAUGAUGAGUAA